AUGGAGGUUUUGGCGUGGAAUUGUCGUGGUUUGAAUAACCCGGCGGCAGUACAGGCGUUGAAAAUUUUGAUUCAACAGAGGAAGCCUUCUUUUAUCUUCCUGUCAGAGACCAAGAUUGAUGGUUGGGACUACAUGAAUUCUUUACGUCUGCAAAUUGAGUACUUGAAUUGUGAGGCUGUUUUCAGUGAGGGUCAGUCCGGUGGAGUUGCUCUUUUCUGGGCUGAUGGUUUAGAUGUUUGCUUUCGGUCAAAAUCAAAAAGCCAUGUUGAUGUGGAGGUCAGAGAGACUGAUGGGUCUGGUGCGGUAUGGAGGCUGACAGGUUUGUAUGGUAAUCCAGCGACGACGGACCGCCAUUUGACUUGGGCGCAGCUACGAUCUCUGUGGGCCGAGUCGGCGCUGCCUUGGGUGGUUGUCGGAGAUUUGAACGAGCUGUUGCAUGCUUAUGAGAAGGAAGGCGGCGUGGUGCGCCGGGAAAGGCAGAUGCAGCCUUUUAGGGAUGCAUUGUCUCAGUGUGACCUCUUUGAUCUGGGCUUUCAUGGCUCGCCAUUCACAUGGCGCAGGCUAGGCCAGGCUGGACCGGGCGGUUGCAUCUGUCACCUGCGUGAAUCCUUUGGUAUGAGACGUAGAGAGAUUGGGCUUUUGCGUGAUCGGCUUCAGGCUUUGUUUUCUUUGCCUUUGUCCGCUGCCAAUCAGGAGGAAUGUUCUGCUCUUAAUGCAAAGUUGGAAGGUUUAUUGGCAGAAGAGGAUGCGUACUGGAAGCAGCGCUCCAAAGUGACUUGGUUAACUGAUGGAGACAAGAACACUAAGUUUUUUCACAGGAAAGCUUCAAACCGCAGAGCUAAAAACAGAUUGACUGGUUUAUUUGAUUAUAAUGGUGUCUGGCAGGAUACAUCUCAAGGGAUGGAGGAUGUGGUGUUGCACUAUUUCUCCAGUAUGUUUAAAUCUAAUGAUAUUAAUUCAACUCAUAUGCAAAAUGUUGUUGACCUUCUGCAGCCUAAGGUGACUGAUGAUAUGAAUUUUGACUUGUGUGCUCCUUAUUCUACUUUGGAAAUUAGGGCUGCUUUGUUUCAAAUGUAUCCGACGAAAGCCCCAGGACCUGAUGGUAUGCCACCUAUGUUUUUUCAGAAGUAUUGGGAGGUAGUAGGUGGGGAUGUUGUGUCAGCAGUUCAAAAUUUUCUCCAUACUAGGAAAAUCCUUGGUGAGAUCAAUUUUACACAUAUUUGUUUGAUUCCCAAAGUUAAAGAUCCAGUGUCGGUUACUGAUUUACGGCCUAUUGCAUUGUGUAAUGUGAUCUAUAAGAUUUGUUCAAAAGUGAUUGCUAACAGGCUGAAGAAGAUUUUAUCGAAGAUUAUUUCUCCAUUUCAGAGUGCUUUUAUCCCUGGGAGAUUAAUUACUGAUAAUACUCUUGUGGCAAAUGAGGUAUCACAUUUUAUUCAUAAUUGUUACUCUAGCACUGAUGGGGUCUUCUCUUUGAAGCUUGAUAUGAGUAAGGUUUAUGAUCGUAUGGAAUGGAGUUUUCUGGAAGCUGUUCUUCUAAGAUUGGGCUUUGCAGAGUCGUGGGUGGGUGUGAUUAUGAAGUGUGUGACUACUGUGAAGUAUGCCUUUCUGAUAAACGGUCAGCCUAGGGGCCAUUUGACUCCUACUAGGGGGCUUCGACAAGGUGAUCCUUUAUCACCUUACUUGUUUCUUCUGUGUACGAAAGUUUUUUCAGCUUUGCUUGAGCGUAAAGUCGGGAAUGGUGAGCUGCAGGGCCUUAAAGUCAGUGAGGGUGCUCCUACUAUUCAUCAUUUAUUAUUUGCAUAUGAUAGUUUGUUGUUUGGAAAAGCUACUUUGCAUGAGUGUCUUCAUAUCCAGAAUGUUCUGCAUGAUUACGAGUUAGCUUCUGGUCAGCAGAUUAAUUUUUCUAAGAGCAGUAUUGUUUUUAGUAAGAGAGUUCCAGAGGUGGACAAGUGUGCUAUUGCAGGUUUCUUGGGUGUCUCUAUUGAACCCAAGCAUGAGAAGUAUUUGGGAUUGCCUACUUAUUUAGGGAGGAAUAGGACUAAGCCUUUUGCUUAUAUCAAGGAGCGCUUGAGUAAAAAGUUAGCUGGUUGGCAAGGAAAACUACUGAGUAGUGCUGGUAAGGACCUACUUAUAAGGGUGGUGGCACAGGCUUUGCCAUCCUAUGCUAUGAGCUGUUUUUUACUUCUGAAGGAGUUUUGUGAUGAUUUACAUCAGAUGUGUGCUCGAUUCUGGUGGGGGAGUAAGUCCAAUGAACGUAAAAUUCAUUGGAUGUCUUGGGAACGUCUUUGUCGUUCCAAAGAGGAGGGUGGUAUGGGGUUCCGUGAUCUGCAUGGCCAUAACCUAGCUUUACUUGCUAAACAGGGAUGGAGGUUGCUUCGAAAUCCAGGCACCUUAGUCAGUCGUUUGUUUAAGGCUAGAUACUUUCCUGGCUCCUCUUUUUUGGAGGCUCCGGCCCCAAAUCAUGCUUCUGCGUGUUGGAGAGGUAUUUUUGCUGCUAGUUCGGUGUUGAGAGGUGGGAUCCGUUGGCAGGAGGACAGAUCAUUCAAAAAGAGUUUGUGGUUGAGGCGUGUAAACACUGCCCUUAAGAGUAGAUUUCGCCCCUCGGAGACAAUGUCUCGGUGUAGCAGUGAGCUUAUUCAGAAUGGGGGCUGGAAUAGAGAGUUGAUUGCUGCUAAUUUUGAUGAUGAUGAUGCUACUUUAAUCUAUUCUAUCCCCCUUAGUAUUAAUAGGGUUCCUGACAGAUAUGUUUGGCAUUUUGACAAGAAAGGUCUUUUUUCUACUAAAAGCGCUUAUAAGGUGGCUUUUGCUUCUUUACACCCCGCUAUUUCGGAUCAUUCCUCCUCUUUGGUGAUCCCAAGUAGUUGGAAGCAUUUAUGGGCUGUGCCUGUGCCAGGUAAGGUUAAGGUGCAUGUUUGGAAGGUUUGUGCAUCUAUUUUGCCUACUGCUUGUCAACUUAGGGAACGCAGAGUGCCUGUUGGUGAAGGGUGUCUAUUAUGUAAUAGGGAGGAGGAAACCAUUUCCCAUGUCAGUAGGGAGUGCAGUUUUGUGCGGGAUGUUGUUGGCCUAGCACCAGACCUUGGAUCUGUGUUCGGACUACCGCCAUGUUCCUUGUUGGAGUGGUUGGUUUUGUGCUAUACUGUAGUAUCUCUGAGUUCUUUCUCUCUACUAUUGAUGUUAUUAUGGGGGGUGUGGAAGGAGCGUAACCAACGUUUGUGGUCUGGUAAGUUCCGCUCUGCACAUCAAGUUUACUUCCAAGUGGUGACUUUAUUUCACUCUUUCAAGGCUGCAAGGAUUCAUGAAAAAGUCAAACUGGGGUGCCAAGUUAAGCCUUGGUGUCCUUCUUCAGCUGGUUGGCUUAAGGCCAAUAUAGAUGGGGCAUUUGACAUGACCACCCGGUCUGGGGGUUUGGGUGUGGUAAUUAGGGAUUCUGAUGGCACAGUGGUGGCUGGUGCCUGUGGGACUUGUACUGAUGUUGCUUCUCCUAUGGUAGUUGAGGCCUUGGCUUGUCGGUUGGCAUGCAAGGUAGUAGUGGAUAACAAUUUGGGGCCUGUUAAUGUCUAA